AGUUCUAACCAAUCAGAGGGAAGAAGGCGGGACGUUUUUUUAUCUAACCUGGUAUAGAAUGUAGAGAAAGAGAAAGAAAGAAAGAAGAAGCGGAAACGGAAACGUCUGAAAUUUUAGUCUGUUUAUUAAUUAUGUAAAAAUGCAGUGCGGUCAUUUUUAUAGCGUGUUUUUAUCCUACGGUUUAGUGUGUAAUGUGUCGUGUGGGGCUGUGACGGGCAGGACAGGGGGCAGUUUACACCUAAUACACCACAGUAAUGUGUCGUGUGGGGCUGUGACGGGCAGGACAGGGGGCAGUUUACACCUAAUACACCACAGUAAUGUGUCGUGUGGGGCUGUGACGGGCAGGACAGGGGGCAGUUUACACCUAAUACACUUUCAUCAGAGUAAAGCGGAUUAUUUACUGCCUUGGGCCAAGUUAAAAUACGCCAUGAAGCUCCAGGUUUUACUCAACUCACAGGGCUCCAGGGCUCCUGCUGUUUAUGGUGUUAAUCACUUUCCCAUCCGCUCGACUCAGCAGAUUAAAGAAAUGGUGCCCAGGUUCAGUGUUUUACGCCACGGCCUCCGCAGAGCGACUCCUUAUCCUAGGAAGUUCGACUGGAGGGAGCGAGGAGCAGUCGGUCCUGUUCACAAUCAGAGAUCGUGUGGAGCAUGCUGGGCCUUCAGCGUGGUCUCUGCAGUCGAGUCGGUCCAAGUGAAAGAUGGAGGAAGGUUUCAGGAGCUCAGCGUCCAGCAGGUUAUAGACUGUGCGUAUCACAGUAAGGGAUGUGACGGCGGGUCACCUGUCAGUACGCUGGAGUGGCUUAAACAGAGUGGAGAGAAGCUGGUGAUGGAGACGGAGUAUCCGUAUAAAGAGAAGACCGGACUGUGUCAGGUUUUCCCUCAGAGUCACGGCGGCGUGUCGGUGAAGGACUACGCUGUCUUCAACUUCAGUGGGCAGGAGGGGGAGAUGAGUAAGAGUUUAGUGGACUGGGGACCGUUGGUGGUGAUAGUAGACGCAUUGAGCUGGCAGGAUUAUCAGGGGGGAAUCAUUCAACACCACUGUUCUGCUGAACACGCCAAUCACGCUGUACUAAUCACCGGCUAUGAUACUACAGGUGAGGUGCCGUUUUGGAUCGUGCGUAAUUCCUGGGGAACAUCGUGGGGUGAUGAAGGUUACGCCUACAUUAAAAUGGGUGACAACAUGUGUGGAGUAGCCGACAGUGUAGCUGCUGUGUUUCUCUGAGGCUCCUCCUCUACAUUCAGGCAGAAAAACACUGCACUGGUUUCCAUUUAUUUUACAACAAUAAUUAAUGUAAAUAAUGUUAGAGAUUUAAGCACUAAUGUACGUCACACUGUAUAACGGCGUCUGUCACAUGCUGUAAAUGGAAAUGUAAAUAUUUAUAGGAAUUACUUUUAUUACAUUUCUGUAUUUAUUAUUUUCAUGUAUGAAAUAUUUAGAAUGUAUUUUUUCAGCACACGUCUAUAAACUUUAUA